GGGCGUGGCAACGAUGAUUCAGGUCUGUGUCUUGAGUUUCAUUUCAGUCAGAUGCUCGUGAAACACCUGACAGAUCGCAACAGCCUUUCUGAGUGUUCUAAAGAUGCAGAAGUGGGUUGUGAUCUGCUGGGUCUCCCUGGCUCUGGUCGCUGCGGACAUGUGUCCAAACGGCGGGAAAUGUGAAAAGGGUCAAACUUGCUGCCAAAGCCCAUCAAAAGACUACGAUUGCUGCCCGUUUGAUGAGGCUGAAUGCUGUGGGGAUCAUAUACACUGCUGCCCUAAAGAUAUGCUCUGUGAUAUGACCACAUCCAGCUGUGGAAACGCCACCCUGUCCAUGCGCUGGGUGGAAAGAGUCUCUGCAAAUCUGCAAAUGGCCACCAAAUCUUUCAGGAUGAUCCGCUCAUACAUGGGUGAGGAUGAGGAUAACAUCUGCCCCGACCAGUCCAGAUGCCCGGCUGAGUUCUCCUGCCUGAAAGCUCUGACCCGCUAUGGCUGCUGUCCUUUAGCCCAGGGAGUCUCCUGCCCUGAUGGCAAACACUGUUGUCCUGAAGGGCACCAGUGCAGCCUGGACAGCCGCUCAUGCGUCAAAAAAGAGAGUAUCAAGACGGUUCUGUGCAAAGACGGAGUGUCAGAGUGUCCAGAUGAAACAACAUGCUGUGAAAACCAGGAGGGAAAGUGGGCAUGCUGUCCCAUGCCAAAGGCUGUCUGCUGUGAUGAUAAAAUUCACUGCUGUCCAGAAGAAACAACCUGUGACGUUGAGCAAAUGAAAUGUUUGUCUUCCUCCGACAAAGCGCUGCCGAUGUGGGCCAAGUUCCCUGCCAGAACCAGGGCAGACUGGGAGAACCAGAAAGAGGGUAAGGAAGUAAGCGCUGUAGCAGUUGAAGGCAAUGAAACCAAAAACUUCCCUGAAGUCACUACAGCCAAUCCAGUUCCUGCUUUUCUGGAAGGAUCAUCUGUUGCCGGGGAAGCCUCAGCCAAGGAUAUUCCAUGCAAUGAAACCGCAUCCUGUCCUGAUCAAACCACCUGCUGUAAAACCCAAGAGGGUGGCUGGGGCUGCUGUCCUUUUCCUGAGGCUGUUUGCUGUGAAGAUUUCAUCCACUGCUGUCCAAAAGGCAAGACGUGUAACCUGGCAGCUCAGACCUGUGAGGGUGAUGGAGGUUCUGUUCCAAUGUUGGAGAAGGUCCCUUCAUUCUCCAAAGUGUCUGUGAAGAUGGAGGACGUUCCAUGUGACGGCUCCACCUCCUGUCCUGAUCAAACCACCUGCUGUAAAACCCAAGAGGGCGGCUGGGGUUGCUGUCCUUUUCCAGAGGCUGUUUGCUGUGAAGACUUCAUCCACUGCUGUCCAAAAGGCAAGACGUGUAACCUGGCAGCUCAGACCUGUGAGGGUGAUGGAGGUUCUGUUCCAAUGCUGGAGAAGGUCCCUUCAUUCUCCAACGUGUCUGUGAAGAUGGAGGACGUUCCAUGUGACGGCUCCACCUCCUGUCCUGAUCAAACCACCUGCUGUAAAACUCAAGAGGGCGGCUGGGGUUGCUGUCCUUUUCCAGAGGCUGUUUGCUGUGAAGACUUCAUACACUGCUGUCCAAAAGGCAAGACGUGUAACCUGGCAGCUCAGACCUGUGAGGGUGAUGGAGGUUCUGUUCCAAUGCUGGAGAAGGUCCCUUCAUUCUCCAACGUGUCUGUGAAGAUGGAGGACGUUCCAUGUGACGGCUCCACCUCCUGUCCUGAUCAAACCACCUGCUGUAAAACCCAAGAGGGCGGCUGGGGCUGCUGUCCUUUUCCAGAGGCUGUUUGCUGUGAAGACUUCAUACACUGCUGUCCAAAAGGCAAGACGUGUAACUUGGCAGCUCAGACCUGUGAGGGUGAUGGAGGUUCUGUCCCAAUGCUGGAGAAGGUCCCCUCAUUCUCCAAAGUGUCUGUGAAGAUGGAGGACGUUCCAUGUGACGGCUCCACCUCCUGUCCUGAUCAAACCACCUGCUGUAAAACCCAAGAGGGCGGCUGGGGUUGCUGUCCUUUUCCAGAGGCUGUUUGCUGUGAAGACUUCAUACACUGCUGUCCAAAAGGCAAGACGUGUAACCUGGCAGCUCAGACCUGUGAGGGUGAUGGAGGUUCUGUUCCAAUGCUGGAGAAGGUCCCUUCAUUCUCCAACGUGUCUGUGAAGAUGGAGGACGUUCCAUGUGACGGCUCCACCUCCUGUCCUGAUCAAACCACCUGCUGUAAAACCCAAGAGGGCGGCUGGGGCUGCUGUCCUUUUCCAGAGGCUGUUUGCUGUGAAGACUUCAUACACUGCUGUCCAAAAGGCAAGACGUGUAACUUGGCAGCUCAGACCUGUGAGGGUGAUGGAGGUUCUGUCCCAAUGCUGGAGAAGGUCCCCUCAUUCUCCAAAGUGUCUGUGAAGAUGGAGGACGUUCCAUGUGACGGCUCCACCUCCUGUCCUGAUCAAACCACCUGCUGUAAAACCAAAGAUGGCGCCUGGGGCUGCUGUCCUCUUCCUGAGGCGGUGUGCUGUGACGACCACGAACACUGCUGCCCCACCGGUACCACCUGUGACUUGUCCACCUUGAGCUGUUUGAAGGCUUCUGGAUUGGUGCCAAUGAGUAAAAAGCUGCCUGCAUCUACCCGGACUUCCUCUGCUACGAGCCAGCUGAUGAAGACAGGACAAGAGACGGAGGAAGGGGAAAACAAGCCUGAUGACAGAGAUGGACAGGAGGAUUUUGAUGAGGAGGAUAAAACUGAUGAAGAGGGAAUCAUUUCCUGUGACAGCCACACCCAGUGUCCUCAGCACACCACCUGCUGCUUCAUGAAGCAGGUUCAGAAGUGGGGGUGCUGCCCGCUGCCAAAGGCGGUAUGCUGUGCUGACGGGGAGCACUGCUGUCCCGCCGACUACAAGUGCAAAGAGGAAGACACCUCGUGUGUCAAAGGAGAAGUGGUGAUCCCAUGGUACACAAAGAUCCCAGCCACCGACAGUAUUCAGGCGGAUUCCAGCUUUGUGCAGUGCAGCGCUGUGCAUCAGUGUCCCGAACACAUGUCCUGCUGCAGGCUGUUCACAGGAGAGUGGGGCUGCUGCCCGCUGCCAAAUGCUGUGUGCUGUGGUGAUAAGGAGCACUGCUGCCCAGAGGGCUACACCUGCGACCUCGCCUCCAAGUCCUGCCAUAAGCUCCUCACGUUGCAGCUGGAGACCGUCCCGCUGACACCAGUGUUUCUACCCGACGACCAGUCCCAGCAUGGUCCAGUAAAGCCCAUCCUGAACCGAUGCGACGACGUCUACAGUUGCAACGUGGAUGAGACCUGCUGCAGGACGUCCCACACCACCUGGGGGUGCUGUCUGUCCCCUAAAGCCGUGUGCUGCAGAGACAUGAAGCACUGCUGUCCUGAUGGCUACAGAUGCACAAAAGGCGGCUCCUGCAUCAAGAACACUGGGCUGCACUGGCUCAACUGGCACACAUUCUUCACCAACAAGAGGAAAGCCAUAAUCGUGUGAAAAUCUGCAGUGUCAGUUAAUUCUGCCCACUAAAGGAAGUUUACAUGCAUUCAGUUUUAGAUUUUUUAAUGUUUUUUUUCGUUGAGAAAACUGUGGUAAACAGUAACCUAAACACUGACAAAGACAAAAGCACUUAAGAAAAUGUUAUUGAAACUUAACUUAAUCGAGGCAGACAUCGUACUCAGGCUUCCUUAUCUGCUAUUUUAAUUCAUCGGCAAAAAAAUGAGUAAAACUCUCCACUGACUUAUGGCUUACCUAAGUGUCAUUUGUGUGUCUUUGUGUUCUGGAGCAUCUGUACCUUUGUGAUAUCAUUUGGAAACCACACGACUUGUUCUGAGUGCCUUAACUAGUCUUCAAGUUGAUGUUAAAUUGAGCUAAAAUGAUAGGUUGAAUGCUUUUUCCUCCAUUAUCUGUCAUGGGCCUGAGUGCUGUCGACAUUUUCCAUUUAAAAAAAAGAAAAUAAAAUGUAAAAUAAAA